AGUGUAAGCACAAAGAGCUCUAUUCAAAGUGGAAAAGGAUUUUUGCUCACGUAAUAAAAGGGGACCCAGGCUCCACACUGACUGCAAUGCAUAAAUUCAUGCAUCCGUGAUUUGGAUUUACAUCUGCAGAGAAAAAGAGACGCAAAAAACUUUUUUCAUAGUAAACAUCUUGGGACUGUCCCCCCCUCCCUCAGCUAGACGCCAUAUGCACGCCUUCACCAGACAAGCCGCUGCGGAGCGCACAGACUCCGCUGCCUCCUGCCAUUAGUCUGUGUUUAUCAUCGAAAAUCGGAGGUUCAUCCCUCAACGAAGUAAUCUAAGCUUGACUUGAAGAGUAAUCGUCCAGAAGACUCGGGUGAACAUGUAGACAUGGAUUUUAUGAAGCUGUUUGGCACUGUUAUCGCCGUUUUGUUCCACCCUGCGUCCGCUUCUAAAAUAAAUGGCCAAAGGAUUUGUCGGCGUGGGACAGAGCGUCCAUGCUACAAGGUGUCCUACAUCCAGGACAGCAGGCGGAGGCUGACCUUUGAGGAUGCCAGGCAGGCCUGCAGGUUUGAUGGAGGCGAGCUGCUCAGCAUUGAAACGGAAAGCGAGCAGCGACUGGUAGAGAGGUUCAUACAACAGCUGCAGGCCGGAGAUGGAGACUUCUGGAUCGGGCUCCGCCGCAGCCCGCAGCGUUACAGGGCUGGGACCUGCCCCUCGCAGUACUAUUGGCUGGAUGGAAGCAAGGCCAAGUUCAGGAACUGGCACUGGGAUGAGCCAUCGUGUGGCGGUGAGAUGUGUGCAGUUCUGUACUACCAGCCGUUUGCACCGCCUGACGAAGAAGGUCAUUUCUUGUUCCAGUGGAACGAUGCAAACUGCAACUCCAAGAACAAUUUUGUCUGCAAGUAUCCAGAAGAAAAAGCACCAGUAUUUAGUGAGGAAGGGAACCCAGCACCUGCAGUUCCAUCUCUGAGGCCAAACGUAUUCAUAACUACAGAAAGUGAUGGGAGGAUAAAAAUAGGACUAUCUGAGUCAUCAGUGUCUCUCACAGACAACACCCUGUAUGUGUCCUACAUCCUUUAUGCAACUAUUCCUGCUCUGCUGCUGCUGCUGUUUGCAACUGUCGGGUUCUUCUGCUACAAACAGCACGCUAAGAGGAGGAAGACAGAAACACAAAGCUAUCCCAGCAGUUCAAAACUAUCGAUGUCAACAACAGUUUCGCCUUACGCUGUACAAGGACCUUAUGCCUUUAGUGACGUUACCAAACUUCCUCACACUGCUCUGGACAGAAGCAUGCCGACAGAAAUCAUGACAAAGUACCCAUGUGCUGCUUCCCAGCACCCCCAGUGUGAUGAUUAUGAGAAUGUGCCAUGUGCGGCCAGGGAGAGCAGCUUUGUAACCAAUGACAUCUAUGAGACCUGCAAAGCUCAGGGUCGGCACUGCCGCAGCCACACUGGUUGGGUAGAAAAUGAGAUCUAUGGAUAACAUUGUUGAUGCCCAUCUGGUGUAACAAAUAUGACCCAGCUAGAAAGAAGAACACAGUGGUGCAGGAUUACUGAACACAUGACUAUGAUAGCCUGGAUGCAGGUUAUCUGAACAUCUCCUGUGUGUCUUUAGGGCUGCAGCCUGAGAAUCCAGCAUUCAAAGCUGCAUGUCAGGUUAAACUCAAAGCAGGGUUUCUCAAACUGCCUGUCAACUGCGACUCCGUAUUUAGGCCCCGAUAUUUGAUAGAACCUCACCAAUACAGAGUUUCCAUCAAAUGAUGAAUCUGAGCAUGGCGUACCUUUGGAUACAAGGAUAAAAGAUUGUGAUUUCACAUCUGAUUAAUACGUGUUAUUAUUAAACAAGAGUCUGCAGGCACGUUAGCACCUCUGGGCUAAAUGUGUCAGCAUGCUAACAUGCUCAUGUUUAGUAAGUAUAAAGUUAACCAUUUUCCCCAUCUGACUUUAGUACGGAGUCUUCCUGGAGCAAAUCUGUAUUCUUGAUUUACAAAUCUUUGCCAGCAGUUUAUAAACCGAGCUCACGGAUUCAUAAUCUGUGUCUGCGGGUUGUUAAAUUGUUCGCACAGAUUUCAAAUAAACUAUCUUUGAACUAUCUCAAACAAAUGAAGCUAUUGCUGUAUUUAUAUGGUCUGUUUAUUGUUAAACCAAUAGGUGCUUUUAUUUUUUAUUUUUUUUUACAAAGUGACUGAUGUUUUUAAACAACAGGAGGUCGUGACGACAGUCUCUGUUCAAAGUGAGCACCGACUAUGGGUUGGAGAACACGGUUCAAACACUGAGAGCGUGGAUUUGUAAACCGAGAGCACAGGUUUACCCACGGCUCUUUUUGUUUAGUUGUUUGGUGCGUCAGAAUGCUAACAUUUUGCUAAUUUGCAUGUAACCCAAAGCUAAGUUUGAUGGGAAUUGUCAUUCAUUUUGCAGGUGAUUGGAUGAAAAGUCAUCAUUAUACAACAUGGGGUUCAUGAAUGUCUGUGUCAAAUUUCUUGUCAGUCCAUUCAACAGAUUUUGAGACCCUUCACACUAAACCAUAAAUACCAACCCAUUCUGAUAUUGGAAUACAUAAAAAAAAAAACUCUGACAAAUUAUGUAACUUCGCAGCAGUGGUGUUUAAAGUGGCAUUAACGAACUCAAACGGAAAUGAGUCAGGACAGUGCUGCUAUAUUUGUCACGGUCAAUUUCACAUUUAAACCCUGGGAAUAAGUGCAAGUUUUGAGAACUCACACAAGGUUAGUCAUGUCGUAAACAACCCAAAAUUAAACUCUUUCCCAAUCACGUCAUUAUUUGAUGACACACAAGGACAAAAAGAUCCUGAUUGCUCUGUACAGCGAUAGAGUUGUUCUAUUCGGAGACUGUUCUGACCCUUUCUCUAAACCUGAGGAGUGGAGUCAGCCCUGUGUAAGGCUUCCUGUUUGGACUCUCAUGUCAGGGAACAGGACAGUGCAUGUGGAAACUCUGAUGACAGAACUCUGCUGACCCCAGUAAACCUCAAAGCUGUGGGCUUUCCCAACUCCACCUGACUGUGUGGGACACUCAGCCUUCCCACUGAUCUGACAGCCUUUUUAGGAGUUUGGUAUAUAUCACGGCCCCAUUCAUCAGCGUUUACUUGCAAAAACGUAUGCCCGAAAUGGAAAUGUGUAAAAUAAUCAUGGAUUAACAAUACUGAACAUAAAUGCCUGUUUCUUUUUUGGAGUGCGUACUGAGUGGGCUGUUGGGUUGGUGCCUCGGAAAGAUGUAGCAAGCCCAGUAAAGAGAGGCUGAGUGUGUUCUUGGAGAAUGUUAGACAGGAAAUGCCAAAAGCACAUCUGGAACUCUUACAUUCAGGAAGUCUAUGCGUGACAGCGGAGGCCUUCGGCACGCUGCUCUGCCUGCCGCCUUAGUAAUCCACUGUUCUGUGUUCAGCUGUCACUGCGUGAGCUGAAGAGCACAACUGCAGGUUGUGAAUGUGUUUAAUGUCUCAAACAUUUGGGGUGUCAGACUACAAAAUAUUGUGGUUUAAUUCCUUAUGUGAGAGAAAAUGUGGUUGUAUUCAGAUGGUUUUAUAUUAGUGUACAUGUGUAAGGGAGUGUCUGUGUGACUGCAGAUGUGUGUGACUGCAAAAUGCCUGUUAAUGCCUGUACAAACGCAACAGUACCGUGAGCAGGGUUUCAGAAAGGAAACGUGUUUCCUUGCUUCGAUUUUCUAUUUUUGCCAACAGAUGGCGCUGUUAUGUAGCUAACCAAAGUGCCUUUGUGGCUGAUAAAAUGUCUAGAUUCACAUGAGGUCCUACAUGUUACAUUAUAUAAUACUAUGUUAUAUUAUGUGAUAUUUGUAAUGCGCAUUGCAUUUUUUUCUGGAUUGUAUGACAAAAAGUAAACAUGCUGUAAAUGUUUUUUAUAUAUAUUAAAACCUAUCAAAUUG